UUUGGCGAACGUGUAUGGUGGAAGGUUGGCGCGGAGCUGGUGGAAGUAUGCUACAAGAAAUUUUUAAAUCGCUGUCUACAAGAAAAUUGGACAUUUCUGAUUAACUGCAACUGUCAUUAUAGUUGCGCAUUAGCAUGUGCGUCAGUUCCUGAAGUCCGCUUUAUGGUGUUUGGCUCAUCUCACAGAUUUAUAUCCGCCUGUUGUCGUUAGCUCACCACCAGAGAUACAGUAGCUGACUAAAAUGGAUUUAACAGAUGAACUUUAUGGAGAUCUUGAUGUCGAGCCGUUUGGUACUCUGCAUCACAGUGAGGACUCGGUGGAUAUUUACUCUGGCCUGGAUAACAGCCCUAAGAUUGAUGGGCACAGAGGUAAAGUCAACCCACUCCUUUCCCCACGCACAAUGGAAUCAAUGGAUAUAUAUGAGGACAUUAUCAGGGAAGAACAAGAAGAAAAGGAGGCAACUUAUAAUGAGUUAAAGCAAAAAUUUGACGAAGCACAAAAACAAGUUAAGGAACUGAUCUCACAGUUACAGCUUUUGCAGACAAAGAAUUCCAGUUUGAACAGUGAAAACAUACGCCUGAAGAAGAACAUUUGUGCGGUCCUUAAGACGGCUAAAAUGGAGAUUGUGCGUAAGGAUGAGGAAAUUAGCAGACUAAGCAAUGGGUCUGGUCGAGGAAGUUAUUUUCGUCGAUCUCAAAUGGAAUUUGGUCCGGCAAACACAAGGCACACUUUAAACAAUUCCACAAGUUCUGUUUUGGAAUCACAAGGUGCUAGACAAGAUAAUGUUAUGAGUGAAGUAAAUCAGCACAAAGGUAGAAACUCUGUGUCGGAUCCCUGUGCAUAUCCACCAACAACGUCAACUACAGCAACACAACCAUUUGAGGUGCUCCAGAGAUGCCCUAGAACUGAUCUUGAUAGUCCUUUGCAGUGUCAGAAUAAAUCUACUGCUAAAUCUGAUAGUAAGACCCUCACUGUUCAACCACAGCAGGAGUCUGGACCAGUUCAUCCUAACAGAACAUCCACAAUGGCAGAUGUCUCAAAUGCUCCCAAAACGAGUGAUUCUACACUCAAAGUUCCUGACACAACUACUGAUUCUCAAUUCAGUAACUUGAAAGACAAUAAGAAAAGUUCAUCAAAACAGGCAGACAAGCUAGAAAUAACACAAAAAUGCAGAAGCCGAGAUAAAGAGUGUAACUCGAAGGAUAAGAGUGUGUCACAAAAGGCUCCGAGAAGAGUGGACAGCAAAUUAGUAAGAACUGAAAAAGAGCUCAUGAAAGACAAUUUUGUGUCCAGUGAAAACAGGAAUCAGCAGCCUGAGGUUCCAGAUGUUCUUAAAAGUUCGGAACAAUCAAAAAGCCCUUCCUCUCAGUCACACAAAGCCUCACCAUCUGUCUCUUCCAGAAAUUUAUUUAAAACAGCAGCAGAUGUAGAGACACAGAGUCAAGGUUCCAUGCAUCAUCAAAAUCCAGAUAGAUCUAGCAGAGAAAUGAAACACUUGAGCAGCACAACUUGUAUUGUGGUGGAUGAAGCAAGCCAUUCCCGAAACCACAAAGGAAAGAAAAGAGAUGUAAGUGGUCAUGAAAAAAAAGAGGAGAAAAGUUCUAGUGCAGAAAGGAGGAGCAGCAGAACUGAAAGAAGUAGAGACCAUGAGCAAAAGAGGCCGAAGGAGAGUGACAGGAGUAAAAGAAAUGAGGGUAACAGCAGCAGCAGUAGUAGUAAAGAAAGAAGAAGCAACAGAUCAGACAGUAGCAAAGAGUAUGAGCGAAGGAACAUACGGGAAAUGGGUAAUAAAUCUGAAGAUAAAAAAUCAAAAAAACAAAUCGAUCCUCAACAAAAGGAUGUUUAUAAGGAGAAAUCGAGCAGAAUCAAUGAACCAUCAUCAAAAAGCAAAAGAUCUCACGGAAAUGACAAAGCUAGAAAGAUGCAGGAUCUGAAAUGCCCAGUCAAGAAUGGAAAUUCUGAUAAGAGUUGUUUUGGAGACAAGGGUAUAGACAAGGACCGAGAAAGAAAAAGAGGUGGACAUUUGGAUCAUAGGGUACAUAAGCACAGAGAAUCAAAAAAUUAUCUUACCAAAUAUGACAAAAAGAAAUCUCCUAAAAAGCACAAUGUUGUCGGAAAAGGUCAAGAUAGUAAGAAUGAGCAGGACAAACACCUUGAAUCUGAGUCUUCAUCAGUGGUAGCUGUCAGCAGCAGUCCCUGCAAAGCAGCUGAGGAUAAUAGUGCAGACAAAAAACUGAGUUUCAUGGAAACACUGAAUCUUACACUGUCGCCUCUUAAAAAGCAAAAGCAGUCUUCUGAUCUCAAAGAAGCAACAUCUGAAGAUGCCUCACCUCAUAACAGCAUACUAUCUGAUGCUGGGGAGGAAUUCUUUGUCAUUGAUGAAUUAAAGAACAGCCAGAACAUAGUUGAGGAAGUGGAUGAGGUCCCUGUGCCCACAACUGCAGACCUGAUCAGUUCUUGCAAAGAGUCUGGACAAGUUGUUGAUCUUUCCACAGCUAUAGUCUCUGAGAAGCCCUCAGGUGAACAAACAGAUAUGGAUGUACAAGAAGAGAAUGCCAUGGAAAGUCAACAGGCUGUGGACAAAGUGUCUGCCAGUGUUAAAUGCUCAGAGGAGAAAAAGAACAAGAUUUCAGGUUCCAAUGUGUUAGAAAAAGAUUCAUUAUCAAAAUUAACCCUUACAAGAGAAUCUCUUAAUUGUGUCUGUCAUAACAGCACCAAAGACUCUCCGGGAAUCAUAGAUAAUUCUGUUCUGUUCUCUAAUAUUUUGCCUACUGAAACUUCAGAAGUUGAAGUUUCAGAUAAUAUUCCUAAUUCAAUUGUUGAAGUUCAUCAGCAAAAAGAUCCUAUUAUUGAUGUAUCUGAGGACACUUCUCAGUUGAAAAUCCAAAGGAGUCCUCAGACCAAGUCUCAGGAUUUACCACCAGCAUCAAAUGGGAUAUGUCAAGAUGAUGUGUCAUCCUCAGACAAGACACAAUGUAUUCCUGAGAUUAAUUCUUCUAGGAUUUCUGAUAGUUCUGUCAACGUUGAAGUGUCCUCUAGCACAGUUAGUGCAGAUCUUGAUGAGCCACGAAAAGUUAUUUGCGAUUUUGAACAAGUGGAUACUUCAAAACUGGACUGUAAGGGAGCUGUGGAAGCAAUUGAUCAUUCAGAAAUUAUUGAAACACCGCACGCAUAUGAAAAUCUGAAAACGUCUGAAAAAUCCCAUCAGAGUCCAUCAUGGGGUGAGAACAGUGUGGCUCCAAAAGAUAGCACCACUGUCAGAGAAGAUGCCAUGUCAUCUUCCCAGCCCGAUUUCUCAGAGCCAGAUUCCACAGAGAAAGAGGAUCAGAACACAAAGUCAUCAAACCCUGUUGUGUUUUGCCCUGAUGAAGACUCCAUGAUGCUUACUCUUAGGAACAUCAGAGUUAUCCCAGAGCCUCUCAGCCCUCUUACAAGCCCAGUCCGGCAGGUGAAGAAAGUACAGCCUCCAAGUUCUGAGAAGCAAACACAUGUCAAAUGUCUUAUCAAAGAUCUCUCAACUGUAACCAUUGGAUGCAAUAAGGAUAAAGUGAAAAUGGACAUGAACAAGGAGAAUAAGUCACCUGACUCUUCUGUCACAGCUUCCUCCUACAAAGGGACAAAGGAUGCCCCCUCUGCUAGUGGAACUGAGGAAGAUGAACUAGAGGAUGGUGAAAUAGUGAGUGAGAGUGAGGAAGAGGGACCUCUGUUUAUCCAGACUCCUCCAAGAGAAAAGGACAAAUCUACCUCAGGGACUGAUUCAAGUCCAAAGCUAUCUGCAGUUGGGAAAAGAGUGUCCCAAAAGAAAUCUUUUAUCCCUGCUAAACAUUCAGAGCGAAGCAAGAGUUCAAAGUCAUCUUCUAAUGACAGUCCCACCUCAAGUAAAAGACGCUUUAAAACUGUCAGCCCACCAUUGAAAGCAGCAGUCUAUACCAUAGACGGAUUUAUGGACAUGAUAGGAUCAAUUCGAGCGGAGUUGAGGAAAAAGUACAUGAAGCUUCAGAAAAAUGUCACUAAAACUGCCUUCUGCUGUAUAGUGGAUAUGUCUCAGGCUUCUUUUAUAGAAUUCAUUAAUGCUGUUGACUUGGAUAAAUUGAGUUGCCAAGGUAAUGACAUCAAAGUUAGACUAAAUAACAUUAUUUCAUCUAUCAUGAGCAAGGUCACCAAGAAUGGCAUCGUCAAUCGUAUCUUUGAGCAGAGAGCUGGAGACCUCAAGCAGAAGUUGUGGACAUUUGUGGAUGGGCAGUUUGACUUCUUGUUCAAGGAACUGAAGACAGCACUCAAAAAUGGAUCUGAGCCAUCUAAGGAUGCGUCAGUGGAUAAUAAAAAUGCAACUCUUAAAAGAAAAGAGAUUGAAAGUGUGGUGGUGGAAAAAGAACCUUUAAACACAUCUGGGCAUCUUCACAGAACCAAGAUGUCAAAAGUUGACAUGGGAAGUUUUGUUAGAGAAGCCCCUCCAGAUAAUCUCCCUCGCAGGGGCCUUGGGAGCAGGGGUAAAAACAUAAAAGCUGUCAUGAAUGAAGAUGAUCAGCCGGCAAAGUUGGCAAGUGCAACAUCAGAUCUGCUUCCUCCUCAAACCUCUGAAAGGUCUGUCCAUGAAGGUACCUCUGGAUCUGAGACUAGAAUUUCUUCCUAUGUCCGACGUCUCUCCCAUAAUGGAUCAAUUCAGGAUAAAUCAGACUUUGAAAUUCUCACAGAGCAGCAAACAACAAGCUUAACCUUCAACCUGGUCUCUGACUCUCAAAUGGGAGAGAUAUUCAAGUGUCUUUUGCAAGGGUCUGAUUUGCUUGAAUCCAGUGUUCCCAUAAGCGAAAAUACAAGUUGGCCACUCAGCACACCUCAAAAGGAAGGACUUCCAGGUGAGAGUUUGAUUGGGAUUAUGACUCCUAAUAAGGCAACCCCAUCUAAAUUACUAACAUCCUGGCCUUACAUUUCACCCUACAAGUUUGCAUCAAAUAGCAAAAUGCUGGUAAACCCAGCAAUUCUCGAUGAGAGCUGCUUGUUAGAAGUUCCCUCUAAUUCUGAACCAUGCCAGCUCCCUCUUCAUUCAACUGUAUUCUCGCAGAAAUCAUACUCUAUCUUGGCGGAAGAUCUAGCUGUGUCCCUUACCAUUCCCUCACCACUGAAGUCAGAUAGCCACUUGAGUUUCUUGCACCCUGGAACUGGACAGCCACUGUCUGCCCCUAACAGUGUCCUGAGUGCCCAUUAUAGUGAGGAUGCUCUUCUUGACGGAGAAGAUGCCACUGAGCAGGACAUCCAUCUUUCUCUGGACACCGACAACUCCAGUUGUGGGUCGAGUCCCAGCAGGACAUGGGAGGGCUCUGAUCCACCCUGUUUCCAAUUCCAACCCAAUUUACAAAUGCAGGCUGUGGUAAUGGAGAGGUCAAAUGAUCAUUUCAUUGUGCGAAUAAGACGAACAUCAUCUGGUCCAAUUGAAGGCAAUCAAAAUGAAGGGCAAGCGGCACCAGAAUUAGCUGAAUGCCCAGAGCUGACUCUUAAGCCUAAUCUCACUCUGACUGAUCCAGACUUGGGUUCCGCACCUGAAGAGACGUCAAACAAAAUCUCAACUAAGAUAAACGAGUCAUGUCACAUUUCAGAGAAAGCAAUAGAAGCUCAACCAUCUUGCCAAAAAUCCUCAUCUGAAGGGGUUUGUGAUGACAGUGCUGAGCCUGAUACCGAAGCAUGUGUUAAUGGGGAAAGUAGUACAACAGAGACUGAAACAUCAGAGGUGGUUUCAGGAAAAGUAAAGAACACCAUACAGAGCUCAAGUGCACCAGAGGCUGAAUCUGAGAGGGUGUCAAGGAAACGCAAGAAGCACAGAUCAGCGACAAAGGCAAAGCGCCAAAAAGUAGAGAAAUCUCAAGAUAAACAUUCUAAAUCCAGGCAUAAGAAAAGGUCAAAAUCCUCCAAAGAAAAAGACUCCAAAAUUGCAGUACCCCAGGUGUCCCCAAGUAGCCUGUCUGCUAAGAAUGUAAUCAGGAAGAAAGGGGAGGUAGUGGUGACGUGGACCAGGGAUGAAGAUCGCGACAUACUCAUUGAGCUUAAAAUGAAGGGCACUUCACCCAAGACAUUUGCUGCUCUUUCAAAAAGGCUAAAGAAGUCAACAGAGCAGAUUGAGGAGCGGUUCUCUCAACUAAUGAAGCUGUUCAAGAAGAAAGAGAAAAUGGAGAAUUGAUUUUAAUGACAAAGAUUGAACUGACUUUAUAAUGGAUGCUGAUGCACAUAUCAAAAUCUCCAUAGACUCCGAAGGCAGAAAUAUAUGUUCAUUUUGAAAAUCAGUGUAUUAUUUCUGUUGAUGUUCAUCUGUUUGAAAAAAGCACUUACAGUGGUAACCUGCCAAAAGAUCUACAGUAAAUGGUACAAUCUGUUAUAGAGGCUUUUUUUUGUUAUUUUUUUUUGUUAACAGUGUUAUCAGAUUAACAAAAUUCAUAAUC